GCUGUAGAGAUUCUGGCAGACAUAACACAGAACAGUUUAUUGGGAGAUCAGGAGAUUGAAAGGGAGAGGGGAGUCAUUCUCAGAGAAAUGCAGGUAUGAUAUGUUGCAACUUUAUUUUAAAGUACUACUUUCUGUAGUUACUUUCCUUUUAAAAAUAGUGAGUUAAAUAUUUGAGUUUUUUAAUAUCAUUCAUUCCUAGGAAAUUGAGACCAAUCUUCAAGAAGUUGUAUUUGAUCAUCUCCAUGCAAUAGCAUACCAAGGUACCACUUUGGGACAGACAAUCUUGGGACCAACUGAGAACAUCAAGUAUGUUAAUUUUAAAAAUUGGAUACAUUUUGCAUUUCUCCCAUCAGAUACUGCAGUCUUGAAUAGUAAAAAGACCUUAUGUUAUUGAUUCCAUUAGAAACUCUCUCUCACCUUGUAGUAGAACAAGUACCUUUCCAAGAAAUCAUGAACAAAAAAUUAGAAAGCUGAUACUGUUUGUUUUUUCAUGGAAUGGGCACCAUUUUGCUCAAAAGUCUUAAUAACAGAGACUAAUGCUUUGAUAUAUGGACAGCUUUUGUUAUGUUGUAGGUUUCUUAGUGUUAAGUCCCUCUGAUGCAUAAAUGUAAACUUAUUUUAAAACAGAAAAGGUAAAUUAAUUGAAUUAAAGAAAAUCUGUAUUACCCUUUAUGGUUUUAAAUACUUAAAAUUUUUUUUUUCAUUUAUAGAUCCAUCACUAGAAAUGAUCUUGUGGAAGAAUAUAUUAACUCUCACUACAAGGGCCCCCAUAUUGUAUUAGCUGCCGCUGCAGGUAAUAUUAUUUUACAUUAAUGCUCAUAUGUAUUUGAUGUGGGUGAUAUAAUAUAUUGCAUGAUAAAAAUUUGAUCUAAGAAAAAAUUAUUUUAGCCCAAUUUGAAGUCUUUUAGUAAGUGCAGGUUUCAACAAAGAAAACCAAAGCAUGACACAAGAAGAAAUCAGAAAAUAAAGAUGCAUUUUAAAAAUUUAAAUGUGCACCAAUUGCAGGAGUUAAUCACAAUGAGCUGUGCAGCUUGGCAGAACGUCACUUUGGAAAGAUGACCGCUGGUUAUGAUGGAGAGAUUCCCAUCUUGCCCCAGGCAAGGUUUACAGGAAGUGAGGUAUGAGAAUCUAAACUUUUUAAUCCUUCUGUAUUUUGUUUUUACUUCCAUAUAUAAGCUCUUAAAACUUGGGGGUGAAAUAAUAAAUGCUAGAGUUGUGGGAGGUUAUGUUUUACAAUUGUUGUUCACAUAAUUACAGCUCAGGAUACUAGAUGAUCUCAUGCCUUUGGCUCACGUAGCUAUCGCAGUGGAAGGAUGUGGCUGGCAGAACCCGGACAAUUUGGCACUGAUGGUGGCCAAUACUCUGAUAGGCAGCUGGGACAGAUCCCAUGGGGGAGGCACCAAUCUACCCAGUCAGCUGGCCCAGCACACCGUCAAACUUAACCUGGCCCACAGCUUCCAGUCCUUCAAUACUUGCUACUCAGACACUGGCUUGUGGUUGGUUUAUGGAUUUUCUUUCUUACUAUAAAGGUUGAUAGUGUGUGGCUAGUCAUCAGCCAGUCCAGAUAUCCAGACUUUUCAAGAAUCUUAAAGACUUGAAACUGAAACUUAAAAGAAAUAUAUUCAGCAGCACAGUAAUGCAAGUUUACUGUGCAGUUUUCAUGUUUUAUUAAACAAUUUUAAAAAUUGCUUACCCCAUUAACCCAAGUAGGUCAAAGAUAUUUCAAAAUCAGUUUUAAACAAACAUGCUGUCUCAGUAGCAAUUUUCUUAUUUCUAAGUGUAAAGGAAGUGAUGCUCUAAUAAUAAAGGUGUGAGGGCUUUGGUUUAAAAUGCAAAUCUUAUGGCCAUUAGUUAGUCAAGAUUGUAAAAUUGGGAUUACUUUAACUACCACCCUCUCCCUUCACUAACAUUAUUUUAUUUUUAACAGGGGUAUUUACUUUGUCGCAGACAGAAUGAUGAUUGAUGACUUUAUUUACAAUGUCCAACAUGAAUGGUAGGCUAAUUUUAUCACAAUCUAUCAAUUUGCUCUUUUUAUUUGUAAAUGGUCAACAAUAUUUAAUUUAUUGUAAUGUUAUCUUUCAUUUUUUUAAAUAUCACUUAAAUUUGGUAAUGUUUUUUGUACACUCCUAUUGAAUUCUCUGCUGUAUGAUAUCUUGUUGAUAAAUACAAACAGGAUGCGUCUUUGUGGUGGUGUAAGAGAGGCUGAAGUAGAGAGAGCCAAAAAUUUGUUGAUGACCAAUAUGCUCCUG